GUUUGGUGCCUAUAAAGAGCUAGCAAAUGAUCCAUGAUACAGGCAGGCACCGAGAGUCAAUUGAUCGAGUUGUUUGCCCAUGCAUGCUUAAUUAGCUAGUCCCAUCCAAUAGAGAUAGAUAUUGGCUUAAUUCUUCAGCUGUUCAGAAAAAGACCAUGCUCCUCACCCUGUGCGUCAUGCUGCUGCUCCACUCGUCUUAAUUCUGUCCUCAUUCUAGCUAAGCUAGCUCAUUUUGUGUUCUACAUAAGACUCAAGCUUGCUUAUUAGUACUAGCUAUUUUUGCUGUUCCAUCCAAGAAAGGCAUGGCUUCAGCUGCUGCCGCUAGCGCUGUUAAGGAGGCCCUGGUCAUCGCUGUGUGCGUGGUGCUGCUGCUCCACUCUUCAGCCGGACACCAGCCGCCCAAGUCGCCGCCGCAGCCGCCUGCACGGCCGCACUGCCACUACAAGGGGCCCUCGCCGUCGCCAACUCCGUUGCCCGCACCAACGCCGACGCCGACGCUGCUGCCACCACCAAUGCCGACGCUGCCGCCACCAGUGCCGACGCCGACGCCGGCACCGGUGCCACCGCCCUCACCGACGCUGCCACCGGUGCCAGCACCAACGCCGGCACCCGUCAACUGCAGCUACAGUGACUGCACCUCGCAAUGUGGUCCGAUCUGCCAAGCGAACCACGACGCCGGCGUCGCCAAGUGCCAGAGCGACUUCGUGGCCAACUUCAACGUGUGCUACGACAUGUGCACUAGCCACGCCUGCCCCGGCGACUCCUGCGCCAACAGUGGCUGCGGCUUCAGCCACUGCCCCUGCGACAACGCCAACGCAACCAGCUGUUGCCAAGCGUGCGGAAACGGUAUAUACCCCCAGUACCAGAGUUGCUUGCGUUACUCCGACAAGGCUGUAGGGUACUGCAUGAUCGACUGCGGCAACAACUGCUACAAGAACUGCACCCAGGGCGCCUAGAGUUCUUGGUCUUGUCAUCUAAUGUCCAAUAAUAUGGCUCCCGUUCACUUGUUUUAUAAACCGUAUUUUUUCUGCAAGUCAACAGUGUUUUUUUCUCACAGUAGUUAGCAAGACAAGCGAACAGGCUCGUGGUGUUUAGCAGUCUAGCUAAGUGUGUCAGUCCUCAGUCUAGCUAGUCUGAAUGUUUCUGUAUGUUCACGUCUCAGCGAUCAAAUAAAACAAGGUAGAUUUUUUA